AUGACUGAAAUUUUAGCUGGUUCAUUUUGGGGAGGUAGCAAUGUGGGAUGGUCAGCAAAAAAUUCUCAGGGCUUUUCAGGUGGCAUUCUUGUGUUGUGGAACAAGGAGGUGGUAGAUGUUAUCUUCAGCUUUAAGGGUGAAGGGUUUUUGGGCAUUUGUGCUAUCUUUAAAGGUGUGAUCUGUUAUUUUGUUAGUGUGUAUUCUUCCUGUUAUAUUGGCUUAAAGAGAAGGAUGUGGGAGGAAUUAUUGACGCUGAGAAGGAGUUGGGUGGAUGGUGAAUGGUGUUUAGGCGGGGACUUUAACUCAAUUCGUUGUGCUUCAAAAAGAAUUGGAACGGGUUCGCUUUUUAGGUCUCAGGAAGCUUCGGAAUUCAAUGAUUUCAUUGAAUUGAUGGAGGUGGAGGAUCUGCCCACAGGCGAAAGGAAAUUUUCUUGGUGUCGGGGUGGAAGGAAGGUGAUGAGCAUAAUAGAUAGGUUUUUGUUGUCAGAAGGUUUCAUAGAGUUAAUUUCUGCUGAGUCUCAGGAAAUUGGCAAAAAAGAUAUCUCAGACCAUAGUCCAGUAUGGUUGAAAUGCAACAAAACCAAUUGGGGUCCAAAACCGUUUCGAUCCCUAGAAUGUUGGCUGGAUCAUCCGCAAUUGGUGAGUUUUGUGCCCGAUGAAUGGAGUAAAAUGGAAGUUUCAGGCUCCUGUGCUUUCGUGAUUAAGGAGAAACUCAAAGUAUUAAAGGAGAGGUUACGGUGGUGGAACAAAACGGUGUUCGGGUGGGUUGAUCUCAUCAUAGAUAAAGCGGUAACAGAGAUAAAUGGUUGUGAUGACUUAGUGAUGGAAGCGGUGUCACCUGUGAAUGAGCAAAUUUUCAACGAUAGAGCAAAGGCAAGUUCGGAAUUCUGGAAUAAUUUACAGCGUCGCGAGAGUAUAUUGAAGCAAAAGUCAAGGGUUAGGUGGGUAAAGGAGGGGGAUCAGAUUACGAAGUUUUUCCAUAAUUCUUUGAAGAGUAGAAGGAGGAGGAACACAAUGGUGGGAGUGAAUUCUUCAACGGGAAGGGUUGAAUCGGUUGAAGGAGUGAAGGAGGUUCAAAGGUUUUUUGAGGAUAAAUAUGUAGAGUCUAGUUUGUCUCGUCCCCGAUUGGAAGGUUUGGAUUUUCCAAUGUUAUCGUCUUCGGUCGUCCAACAGUUGGAAGCUCCUUUUACCAUGCAGGAAGUGAAAGGUGUUGUGUGGGAAUGUGAUGGGGAAAAUGUCCAGGUCCAGAUGGUUUCAACUUCAAUUUUCUGA